CGAACAAUUCCCGCGCCAAACAGCGAGCCAUGACUAAUGAUUUCCAAUUGCUCGAGAACCACGCUAUGUCUUCCAUCUUCAAAUGCAAAAGUGAAGUUCGAAGCUGGAUACCUGGAUAGCUGGAUAGCGACACUGUUAUCAUCCCCUUCGAUCUUUUAGCUCCCUUCGCCAGAACUCUCUCGCCCAGCGGUCGCUCUAUCUGGCCAUCCAUCCAUCAUCCCAAGUCUCCUCUCUUCCUCGGCCCCUCCACGAACCACCAACCCCAGCAUGCCUGGUUUAGGCCAUUCACCCGAACCCAAUUCGCAGCAAUGGCGCCGAGAAACGACACAACUCCCGUCCUUCUACUCGCCGCCGACGAAGGCGCAAACCAGUUCCGACGUUGGAAAUGAAGUAGACAGCAUGGAUUUGACAGCGAGUGCGGCGACGCAGCGGCGCCAGCAGGACCAGCAGCAACCACAACGACCCGCCGCCGAUGACGAGACUACAUCGCCACCCACACCGUCCUCCUCCCAACCCUCACUUCCCCCCCCGCCGCCCUCGCUGCUCUCCCCGGCUUUCACGCCACCCCCAACCCCCGGCACCGCCACGCCUAGCUCGCUGAGCGGCGCACACGGACUCGCGCCGGGGCCGGGGCCGGGUCCGCGAGGCGUCCCCGUCGACAGCUCCGUGCCGACGGGCGGCUGCGGGAGCAGGAGGCCGCGGCUACUGGAGAGGUUGCCGCAGGUGGAGUGCAUCGUGCGGGCGCGCAUACCGACGACGACCGGCGCCGAGAUGUUCCUGCACCUGUACACCAACGACACUGAUAGCAAGGAGCACCUGGCCAUCGUCUUCGGCGGCAGCAUCCGAAGCCAGUCGCUGGACGCCCCGAGGGAGGGGGAGACGGAGAUGGACCGGUUGGUCAGGGGCGCGUAUACUGGGCGGCUUUAUCCGGGGCGGACGACUAGUGGCGAUAGUACGACGACGACGACGCCGCCGCUGGUGAGGAUACACAGCGAGUGCUACACGGGCGAGACGGUCUGGUCGGCGAGGUGCGAUUGCGGGGAGCAACUCGACGAGGCGGCCAGGCUGAUGUCCCUGCCGGGCAACAAGUCUGGCGGCGUCAUCAUCUACCUCCGACAGGAAGGCCGCGGGAUCGGAUUGGGCGAGAAGCUCAAGGCGUACAACCUCCAGGAUCUCGGCUCCGACACAGUCGAGGCGAACCUCCUCCUCCGGCACCCCGCCGACGCGCGGAGCUACGGCCUCGCGACGGCCAUGCUGCUGGACCUUGGCCAGCGCGACAUCAGGUUGUUGACCAACAACCCGGACAAGAUCCGGGCCGUCGAGGGGCCGAACAGGGAGAUCGUUGUGAGGGAGCGGGUGGCCAUGGUGCCACUCUCGUGGAAGGGGAGGGGAGGCUUCAGGGCCCCCGAGGUUGAGGGAUAUCUGAAGACAAAGAUAGAGAAAAUGGGUCAUCUCUUGGAGAUGGGUUCCUUCCCAUGA